CUUAGCUUCACUCUGCCACCUGUGAGCCGCGGCGCGGGCCACGGCUCCGAGAAGAGCCCCUUUUGUCCUGUGUGGUCCCUAUAAGAAGUUCUCCUGGCGGGGCUCGGGGUGGUGGGGGCUGGGGAGAUGAACGCUGCGGCCAGCAGCUACCCCAUGGCCUCCCUCUACGUGGGUGACCUGCACUCGGACGUCACCGAGGCCAUGCUGUAUGAAAAGUUCAGUCCUGCGGGGCCUGUGCUGUCCGUCCGGGUCUGCCGCGAUCUGAUUACCCGCAGCUCCCCGGGUUAUGCCUACGUCAACUUCCAGCAGCCGGCUGACGCUGAGCGGGCCUUGGAUAUCAUGAACUUUGAUGUGAUUAAGGGAAAGCCAAUCAGUAUCAUGUGGUCUCAAAGGGAUCCCUCUUUGAGAAAAUUUGGUGUGGGAAACGUCUUCAUCAAGAAUCUGGGCAAAUCUGUAGAUAAUAAGGCACUUUAUGAUACUUUUUCUGCUUUUGGAAACAUUCUGUCUUGCAAGGUGGUGUGUGAUGAGAACGGCUCUAAGGGUUAUGCCUUUGUCCGCUUCGAGACGCAAGAGGCUGCUGACAAGGCCAUCGAGAAGAUGAACGGCAUGUUCCUCAACGACCGCAUAGGGUUUGUGGGCAGAUUCAAGUCUCGAAAAGAGCGGGAAGCUGAGCUUGGAGCCAAAGAGUUCACCAAUGUUUAUAUCAAAAACUUUGGGGAAGAGGUGGAUGAUGAGAGUCUGAAAGAGCUAUUUAGCCAGUUUGGUAAGACCCUAAGUGUCAAGGUAAUGAGAGAUCCCAGUGGGAAAUCCAAAGGCUUUGGCUUUGUGAGUUACAAAAAACACGAGGAUGCCAAUAAGGCCGUGGAAGAGUUAAAUGGAAAAGAAAUCAGUGGGAAAGUGAUUUUUGUAGGCCGUGCCCUGAAGAAAGUGGAACGGCAGGCUGAGUUAAAGCGGAAAUUUGAACAGCUAAAACAAGAGAGAAUUAGUCAGUAUCAGGGGGUGAAUCUCUACCUUAAGAACUUGGAUGACACCAUUGAUGAUGAGAAGUUAAGGAAAGAGUUUUCUCCUUUUGGAUCGAUCACCAGUGCUAAGGUAAUGUUGGAGGAUGGGAGAAGCAAAGGGUUUGGCUUUGUCUGCUUCUCAUCUCCUGAAGAGGUGACCAGAGCCGUCACCGAGAUGAACGGACACGUCCUGGGCUCCAAGCCACUAUAUGUCGCCCUGGCCCAGAGGAAGGAAGAGCGAAAGGCUCACCUGACCAACCAGUACAUGCAGCGGGUGGCUGGAAUGCGAGCACUCCCUGCCAAUGCCAUCUUAAAUCAGUUCCAGCCUGCAACCAGUGGUUACUUCGUGCCAGCAGUCCCACAGACCCAGGGAAGACCUCCAUAUUACACACCCAACCAGUUAGCACAGAUGAGGCCUAACCCCCGCUGGCAGCAAGGUGGGAGACCGCAAGGCUUCCAAGGAAUGCCAAGUGCUAUACGCCAGUCUGGGCCUUGUCUGGCUCUUUGCCAUGAGGCUCCAACAGGGUCUGAGUGCCCGGACCGCUUGGCUAUGGGCUUUGACGGGGCUGGCACCGCCCAGCAAGGGCUGACUGACAGCUGCCAGUCUGGAGGUGUUCCCCCAGCCGUGCAGACCUUAGCACCUCGUGCUGUCGCUGCUACUGCCCCUCGGGCUGUCGCACCUUACAAAUACGCCUCCAGUGUCCGCAGCCCUCACCCUGCCAUCCAGCCCCUGCAGGCGCCGCAGCCUGCAGUCCAUGUGCAGGGGCAGGAGCCCCUGACCGCCUCCAUGCUGGCCGCAGCCCCCCCCCCCCCCCAGGAGCAGAAGUAGAUGCUGGGAGAACGUUUGUUCCCGUUCAUCCAAACCAUGCAUUCAAACCUGGCUGGGAAAAUCGCGGGCAUGCUGCUGGAGAUCGACAGCGCUGAGCUGCUGCACAUGCUCGAGUCCCCCGAGUCGCUCCGCUCCAAGGUGGAUGAAGCUGUGGUGAUUCUGCAGGCUCAUCGUGCCAAGAAAGAAGCUGCCCAGAAGGUGGGCGCUGUUGCCGCUGCUACCUCUUAGCCAAGGAGAAACCGAU